AUGCAGAUCUCCGUCGUAGCGGCUCUAACCGCCGCGGCCUUGGGAAGCUCGGCGCUGGCCAGGCUCAACCCUAUCGAUCAUCCGGUUCUGCAAGCUCGAUAUGAUCCCCUUAGCACUGCGGGGACCAAUGUUACUCAGACGCCUCCUCCGACCGCUAGCAACAGCUCAACCCGCUUCCGCACCGCGAACACUGAAUCCUUCUAUGUCUCGUCGAUGCCCGACGUCAACUUCCAGUUCGGCGAGAUGUACGCCGGCACCAUUCAGCUUGACUCAACUACUGUGAACGCUAAUGCCUCCGGAACUGGCAGCAAUGCCACCGCCCAGGCCGAUGAGAUGUUCUUCAUCUUCAUGCCAAAAGAAGGCGGUGAGCCGGUCGACGAGCUGACGAUCUGGCUGAACGGUGGCCCGGGCUGUUCAUCGAUGGAGGGGUUCCUGCAGGAGGUCGGCCCGAUCUCGUGGCUGGCAGGCACUCACUCUCCCGAGCGCAACAAGUACGCGUGGACGAAUAUAACCAACAUGCUCUUCGUGGACCAGCCCAUCGGCACUGGCUACUCGCGCGGAACACCAUCGGCGACUUCACAGCCUGAGUCGGCCGCGCAGUUCCUCGCCUUCCUGAAGAAGUUCCAGGCUCUAUUCGGCAUCUCCAACUUCCGCAUCUACAUGACGGGCGAGAGCUAUGCGGGUCGCUACAUCCCCUACAUCGCCGAUGUGAUGCUGAACGCGAACGACACGCAGCACUUCAACAUCUCCGGUGCGAUCAUCUACGACGGUGUCAUCGGCAAUCACCUCUUCACGCAGCAACAGCUCGUCGCGUACCCCUAUGCUGAGGAGAACUGGAGUCACUUCGGGUUCAACUCGAGCGACAUGGCGACCUUCAAGCAGCUCCACCAGCAGUGUGGGUACGAAGAGUACAUCAACAAGUACAUGACCUUCCCUGCCUCUGGCGUGCAGCCGCCGCGCUUCUGGAACAGGACUGACCCGGAGACGUCCAAGUGCGAUCUGUGGAACAGCGCACUCAUCGGCGUACUGAACAUCAACCCCUGCUUCGACCCUUACGAGUCCAACAAGCCUUGCCCCAUCCUCUGGGACGUCCUCGGCAUGUCGGGCAUUACCAACCUCGUUCCCCCCGGCACGACGGUGUACUUCGACCGCCCCGACGUGAAGAAGGCGCUGCACGUGCCUGCCGACCUGACAUGGCAGCAGUGCACCAAGAAGCCUGUCUUCACGGCAGGCAACGGCAAGGCAGGACCGGGACAGAACGGCGAUCUGUCCGAGGACCCGAUCCAAGGCGCCCUCCCCCGCGUGAUCGAAGCGACGCAGCGUGUCCUCGUGGCGAACGGCGACUUUGACUUUGUCAUCAUGACGAACGGCACCCUCCUCUCGAUUCAGAACAUGACGUGGGGCGGAGCGCUCGGUUUCCAGACUCAGCCCAGCGAGCCGCUCUUCAUCCCCCUGCGCGACAUUCAGCACCGCGAGGCAUUCGCGGCCUCCGGUCUCGGUAUCGACCAGUUCAUCAUGGCGCAGGGCCAGAUGGGCAUCCAGCACUACGAGCGCGGGCUCAUGUGGAACCAGGUCUGGGGCGCUGGUCACAUGCUCCCCGCCUUCCAGCCCCGGGUGGCCUUCAUGCAACUCCUCUGGAUGCUGGGGCACAUCGACAGCCUUGGUCCGAUCACCGGACCGGCCGGCAGUGCAGGAGGUGCAGCAGCUGCUGGGAACGGCACGGCCGACAGCAACGUGAUGUCCAGCGGCAACAAUAACGGAGCAAUGUCCGGCGCAACGGCUGGGAACAGUACGUCCAGUGCCGGCUCGAUGACCGGCGGCAACGCUGCUGUGGGCAUCGACAGCGCGGCCGGGAACACAAAGGCCUCCGGCAAUGGCACGGUCGGAAGUGGUGGGGCUGACGGCAGCAAUGCCGUUGGUGGCAAUGGGGACGGCGGCAGCGUUGGCAGUGGUGACCUGGCUGCUUCCGGUGUAGCUGGUGCGAUGGUCUCUCAGGCUGGUAGCUCCCCCACUGCGAGCGGAGCCGGUACAAGUGGCCCAGCGACCGUUGGUGACGCUGCGGGCGGCGGCCAUGCUGCGGGUGGCGAGCAAGGCGCAGGGGGUGAGUUUGUCGCCUGGGCGAGCAGCGAAUUCACCUUCGGCAGCGAUGGCCAGUAA